AUGGAGCAUACCCAGAUUGUGCAGAUACUGUUGGAUAAAGGAGCCGAUAUCAAUACUCUGGGCGGAAAGUAUGGAAAUGCCCUGCAGGCUGCUACUAUCAGAGGCUAUAGCCAGAUUGUACAGAUACUGUUGGAUAAAGGAGCCGAUGUCAACGCGCAGGGUGGAGAAUAUGGAAAUGCCCUGCAGGCUGCUGCCUAUAGAGGAAAUAGCCAGAUUGUACAGAUACUGUUGGAUAAGGGAGCCGAUGUCAACGCGCAGGGUGGAUUUUAUGGAAAUGCCCUAAAGGCUGCUUACUCCAGAGGCUGUGGCCAGAUUGUUCAGAUGCUUUUGAACUAUCAAUUGCACAUUGAUGAACCGCCAUUGAAGAGACUCAAAAGUUUCUUGGGACGCUUAAUGUACAAGAUCUUAGAAUGA